UCUCUUUCCCCUGUUUAACCCCCAAACACUCCGGGGUGCCCCCACCGGAAUCGCGAAAACUGUACGGACAAAUCCAAAUCUCUGAUCGAUUGAUAGAUAUGGGAAUUUAUCUAAGUUCACCUAAAACCGAUAAGACCUCUGAGGAUGGUGAGAAUGAGAAACUAAGAUAUGGAGUGUCAUCAAUGCAAGGGUGGCGCACAUCAAUGGAGGACGCUCAUGCUGCUUUACUUGAUUUGGACAACUCCACAUCUUUCUUUGGUGUUUACGAUGGCCAUGGAGGUCAGGCAGUCUCUAAGUUCUGUGCCAAGUAUCUUCACCACCAAGUGCUCAAGCAGGAAGAUUAUUCUGCUGGUGAUAUUGGAAAUGCUGCCCAGAAAUCUUUUCUCAGAAUGGAUGAGAUGAUGUGUGGACAACGUGGCUGGAGAGAGUUAGCUAUACUGGGAAAUAAAAUGGAUCAAUUCAGCGGCAUGAUAGAAGGACUAAUUUGGUCACCCAGGGGUAGCGAUUUAAAAGGUCUAAAUGAUAAUUGGUCUACUGAGGAGGGCCCACAUUCUAAUUACGAUGGGCCAACAUGUGGUAGCACAGCUUGUGUCGCGAUCAUCCGCAAUAACCAACUUGUUGUAGCAAAUGCUGGUGAUUCUCGUUGUGUGAUAUCUCGGAAGGGUCAGGCAUAUAAUUUGUCAAAAGACCAUAAACCUGAUCUUGAGGCUGAGAGAGAAAGGAUAUAUAAGGCGGGAGGUUAUAUUCAUUAUGGCCGAGUUAACGGGAGUCUAAACUUGGCUCGGGCUAUUGGUGACAUGGAGCUGAAAAGAGAUAAAACACUACCCCCUGAAAAGCAAAUUCUAACCGCAAAUCCCGAUAUAAACACAGUUGAGCUUUGCGAGGAUGACGAUUUUCUCGUUCUUGCUUGCGAUGGAAUAUGGGAUUGCAUGUCGAGCCAACAAUUGGUAGACUUUGUUCGGGAACAACUGAAAACUGAAAGCAAGCUCUCGGCGGUCUGUGAGAAGGUAUUUGACCGUUGUUUGGCACCCACCUCUGGUGGCGAAGGGUGCGACAAUAUGACCAUGAUCUUGGUCCAGUUCAAGAAACCCGAAUCACAUCCUUCCACUUCACAUCCAUCGGAUUCAUCCAACGACCAAGAAGUACCCGGAUCAAACUAAUCCCUUUUCAUCUCAAUGAAUCACGAUCAUAUUGCCGAAUGCUGUUUAAGUGUGGAUUUCGACCAUUCUGGUGCAGCUCUGAAUUGUACGUUAUGCUUUGGAAGUGGUAACUUGAAUUUGGUCGUUUUCAGGAUCGAAAAUGGCGAUAACCCGAAUGCGGGUUGUGUCGAAUUUGUUACUGAAUCAUACUUGAUUAUAUUUACUUUCAUAGGAACCAUAGUUGUCUGUAUACAAAAUGGUGUUUUGAUCCUUUUAAUUGGUACCUAAUGCAUCAUCACUUGUAUAAUACACAAUAUGCAAUCAUUCCUAACCUUAAUCUUAAGCUUCUGUUUUUCGUUUAUC